AUGCAUCGAGGUAAUACAGCAGUACCGUCCAAUAAUGGUUCUAAUAUCAGAUAUGGCGGAGCCCCAAAUGCACAGCAUGGUCGACGGUCAUUUGCUCCGCAGCCUACGGGUGCUCCACCAAUGCUUCCACCACAACACAAUACUCGCAGUCAGAUGCAAAAUCGUUCGAAGAAACGAAAACUGGUUGAUAAGCUGUUACCCAUACAGGUUCGUGAGCUUGUGCCAGAAUCUCAAGCCUACAUGGAUCUCCUAGCUUUCGAGCAAAAACUUGAUGCCACCAUUACGAGAAAGAAGUUAGAUAUACAAGAAGCCUUAAAAAGGCCAAUAAAAGUUAAAAGACGCCUUCGAAUAUAUAUUUCACACACAUUCAUACCUGGCAAAGAGCCCGAGAGAGAAGGCGAUGAAGGCACUGUACCAAUGUGGGAACUACGAGUCGAAGGACGUCUGUUGGAUGAACCAUCGACAGGCGUAAGUACUGCAGGUAUUGGAGCUAGUCAAAAUCGUAAUCAACCACUGAAACGAAAAUUCAGUUCGUUUUUCAAAAGUUUGGUAAUCGAAUUGGACAAAGAAAUUUAUGGACCUGACAAUCAUCUUGUUGAAUGGCAUCGAACUCCUCAAACGAAUGAAACUGAUGGAUUUCAGGUGAAAAGACCUGGAGAUCGAGAUGUCAAAUGCACCAUUCUUUUAUUACUUGAUUACCAACCAAUGAAAUUUAAAUUGCAUCCACGAUUGGGAAAAGUACUUGGUAUGGCUACAGAAACACGUCCAAAAAUUAUUGAAGCUCUUUGGCAGUACAUAAAAACACAUAAGUUGCAGGAUCAGUCUGAACGCGAUAACAUAAAUUGCGAUUGCUACCUGGAACAGAUUUUUGGAGUGAAGCGAAUGCGUUUUAUGGAAAUACCUCAACGUCUUCAAAAUUUAUUACAUCAGCCCGAUCCUCUGAUUCUGCAUCAUACUAUUCAAUAUAGUGAAGGAAGUGAGAAAAAUACAGCAUGCUAUGAUAUUGAUGUGGAAAUGGAAGAUCCUCUGAAGACACAAAUGAGUUCAUUUCUUCAUAGCCACGCUAAUAUGCCAGAUAUAAGCGCACUGGAUCAGAAAAUUUUUGAUAUCGUCGAACAAAUAAAUGAAUGGAAGCUUCGACGAGAUUUUUAUGUUCGUUUUGCAGACAAUCCACAGGAAUUUAUUCACAAGUGGUUGAUUUCUCAAAGUAAUGAUCUGAAGACGAUGACAGAAAUAUUUGGUGACAGCGAAGCUGAACGUCAUGCUGAGUAUUAUUACCAACCUCAAAUUAUGGAGGGUACUUUUCGCUAUAUCUACCACAAAGUGCAACAAAAGCGAGCUGAACUGGAGAGCACUUUAGGCAUCAAAAAUAAUUAA